AUGAGCAAUCAAUGGAAAAACUAUGGCUCUACAUUGCUAGCGACAAGCGAUGACAGUAGUGAUGUUUGUGACAAUAUGAUUGUAGAACACAUCAAUCAUAAAGGAUCAAAUUGGACUGCUUAUGUCAAUAUUUUAUGCAUCGUUGCGGGAUCAGGAACUCUUGGUAUUCCGUAUGCGAUACGACAAGGUGGAUGGAUAUCCAUCCUAUUAUUAAUUCUUUCGGCGAUCAUGAAUGUGUAUGCAAAUACCAAACUAAUCGAAUGUUUAUAUCACAAUAAUGUAUCGCGUCGCACAUCCAUAACCGAAGUAGCAUAUGAUGCAUUCGGAAACGCUGGAUCGGGAUUUGUGAACUGUUUUUUUAAUGCAACAUGUAUCGGAGCUCCAAUAGUUUAUUUAAUAUUAUCAGGAGAAAAUUUCAAAAAAUUAUUCGAGGAUAAUUUUGGCAUCGAUUUGGGAAUAGGAACUUGGAUUUUUAUUUGCGGAGGCAUGAUGUGUGUUCCUUACGUGAUGCUUAAAAACAUGAAAGAAGCUUCGUGGUUAAGUAUUUUUGGAGCAUUAACUACAGGCUUGGUUGUGGUUGUGGUGUUUAUUGCUUCGCUUAUGGAAUUACCAAAUAAUCGAGAUAAGGAACAUCAAAUAAUACAUCUUAGACAUAUGCCGAUAGCUUUAGCAACAGCAUUUUUUAGCUAUGGUGGAAAUGUCGUAUAUCCUCAUGUCGAAGCAAGCAUGGAGCAUCCAAAAGCGUGGCCAAAAGUACUUGGUCUCGCUACCUUCACGAUCACUUUUUUUUAUCUUUUGAUUGGAAUUUCAGCAUAUGCAACGUAUGGAGAUGAUACAUUAUCCCCGAUUUAUAAGAAUCUUCCGGCUGGUUUAGCGGUUACGAUCAGUGUAAUAAUGAUAUCAAUUCACGUCUUAAUGGCAUUGCCAAUUUAUUUGACGGCUUUUGCGCUUGAGGUGGAAGAUUAUCUUUCAAUCAAUGUCGCUACGCUUGGUAAAAAUCGGGAAUUCACUUAUCGAGCUGCUAUUAGAAUCUUAACUUUGUCUUUUGCUAUCUCUAUAGCUAACGUAGUUCCCUAUUUUGCCGAUAUCAUGGCUUUAAUUGGCGCAAUUAGUCAAGGUGUAUUAUUGAUCUUUAUGCCUAUCGUAAUUUGGAUUAAAUUAUUCGGGUGGGACUCCAUUAAUAGUUGGAAGGAAAAACUUUGGGUGAUUUUUCUCUUGAUGUUUUCGGUAAUUGUUACCUUCACUGGAACCAUCCUUGCCAUUUACGAUUUAUAUGCGGAUAUCACGGAUCAUAAAUAA